GAGUGAGAUUCGUAGGAGAUCUCAGUCAAGGGGACUGCAGUUUGAAGAUCACAAAACUCCACGCUAACGACAAUGGCACGUAUGGGGUGGUUGUAGCUGCUUCCGUCGAAAACCAGACUGGGAGACAGAUGCUCUACCAGAAGGUCGUCGCUCACGUUAGAGAAUCGCCUCCGGAACCCAAGAUAGAAACUGUGGAGGUGGAAAGCCAAGAAUGGUGGACCAUGAAAGUAGCCUGCUCAGUAGCUUAUCAUUGCCCCGAUGAGCCGAUGACGUUGACAUUCAUUGAUUUAGAGGGAAAUCGACAAAAGAUGACAAUAGGAAAUGGAAUGAUCCAGACAGUUGCAAGUGUCGAACCAGUGUGGAAAGAUGAGAAAUAUAGAAAAAUGACAUGCUUACUACAUGAUAAGGAUGGGUUGCUGAGGUACAAGGCCAGUUUGGAACUGGACGGUCCACUUAUAAAGGAAGGGGAACGGCCACAUCAAACACCCUAUACAUCAAUGGAGAAGGCCCCACAGGUGACCACUGCAGUGGAUGAUACAUCAAUAGAUGGCCAGCCAGUAGCAGGACCAUCUAUCACCAUGGGAUCCUGGCGAGAUCAUCCUAAGGAUGUCCAGCUUGUCCUUUUAAAUGACCUGCCCAUAAAGGAAGGGCAUGAUGUCAGGCUGAACUGCUCCGUGGGCAGAAGCGUCCCUGAUGAUAAUUGGUACAACUGGAUUAAGUUAGAUGCUCAUACAGCUGAAAUUCAGUACAGUCACCCAAAACUAUUGAUGUUCCCGGCAACUCCUGGGCCAGCCGUUUCCUAUCAAUGUGAAGCAUGCAACAGGUUCGGGUGUAUGUCAUCUCAGAAAAUCUCUAUAGAGGUCCACUUUUCCCCCAAGGAGGUAAAAAUUUUGAAAUGGUCACCAGAACAUAUUGUGGAAGGCAGCGAAGUUAAGCUGAAAUGUGAAGUGGGAAUGGCAAAUCCAUCUAAUCUCACCUAUACAUGGUACCGUGGUGAGGAACAAAGAAAACAGAACUCUACAGAAGAAAUGUUGAUCUUCUCUAGUGUGUCUUCUAAAGACUCUGAUGAUUACUGGUGCGAAGUCAGCAACAGUGUGGGCACGACAGUUUCCUCCAAAGUCACACUGUGUGUUUUGUGUGAGUAAGACCAUGAGAACGGGAGUGGACACAUGAUCAAAAGUGGAUCUGAUUUAUUGCUGUAUUUGGAGUGUUGCUCAUCAUAUCCUGCCACAUUAUCUGAUUACAAAACCCCAGGAUCUCUACCUUUAUUGCCCUGCCCUAACUGUCAGUGAUGGGAAACUUGUUUAAUAUUUUGGCACUGUGGGUUUGCUCAUCUACUAUCUGCAGAAAUGCACACCUAAGAACUGAUUUCUUCCUCUAGUACAUUACUGAUCUAUUUCUUAUCCUGGUAAACUUGGUGAACUAAAAUCCAAUUUUGCAUGAUUAGAAAUGUCCAGAUUCCUAUAAUGUUGAAUAACAAACCAUCUGUUGCUCGGCUUUUGAAGAUUUACACUGGCCAGUAUCCUGUGGCGCAGCUUCAUCUGAGCAACAGAAACCAUGUCAGGGCAAUAGCGGAUUGCUGCUAUUUAAAAGAGCUCCUGCAAUUUUGGAGUGCACACAAUUUUGUCUCAUUGCACAAAUAUCCAUCAAAAUUGAAGCAGGAGCUUGUGAAUUCACAGCUAUUGGCCUCAGCUCAGUCUCGUUCCCAUUGUGCAAGUAGAACUGCUUGUCCAGACGUUGACCUUUAAGAUCUAGCAUGGCACAGCACCACACAGCCCUGAAUCCUCAAGUCCUAUCUCUGACACGACCCUCACUAGAUAUGGCAUUUUUUGGAGUUUCUGAACCCCAAAUACCACACUUCUCAGGCCUCUACCUAAUUUGCAGGCUGGCACUGUGGGCUAAACCACAGAAGCCUCCGUGCUGCGGGGUCAGAAGACCAGCAGUCGUAAGAUCG